GCACUGGCUUUGCGCCCACUUGGUCAUGCAAAUUGGUCUCAGUCAUUGAACAACCUCGUGAAUCAACUCUCCUUCUACUUUAACCACCAAGGUGAUGAUAAAGACUUGCAUGAGGCUACCACACUUCACAGGGAAGCACUGGCUUUUUGCCUGGUUGGUCACCCAAAUUGGUCUUCGUUAUUGAACAACCUUAUGAAUCAACUCUCCUCCCACUUUUAUCAUUGA